UCCAGAGACAAUCUCUGCCUGUUCAUGAAAGGAUUGGAUGCAAGAAUCCAAAGCGUUGAUACCAAAAUUAUACCAGCCAAAGGGGGUAAAAGUGAAAAACAUGAAGGACAUAAUAAUGGCUAAACUUCCUCUGAGUGCCAACUAAGAUACAGCUACAAGGCAAGAUUUGGAUGAACCGAAACCUCCUAAGAGAAAAUAAAUACAAGUCUAAAAUCCCCCUUUUUUUCAGCCCUCACAAGACGACCCUUAUUUAUAAUUGCUACUCUUCUAAUUACAAGUAUUGCAUCUUGAGAUGUAAAGACAAAUAAGAAAUUAAAAUAUAUAAAUUAAGGUAUAAACUGAAAUAAAACUUUAGCUACGGCUUCAUUUUGUUCUGUUGUUGUAAUCUUUGCCUUUCAUCUCUAGCUCUAGAGAUCCAUCUUUUAAAAAAUCCACAACACAUUCAUUAAAUUCACCAGUUAGAAUGCAAUUUUGAUCCCACCACAUUUUUUAUUAGUCUAACUCGUAUUAUCUUGAAGGCCUCUUUCUGUAGUAUAUAGCGAAAGUGAAAUCCAGCAGUGGCGCGAGGCGCGCAGGAAUACUUUUCUUACCAGAGCUAACAUUGAGAAGAAGCUGAAGUCAGAAAGUGCAAACAAGGAAGAGAUGGAUUCACUUGCUAAAAUACGCCGGCAGCAACUAAAGGAAGUUCUAGCAAAACAGGCAGAACUUGGAGUUAAAGUUGCAUUUAUACCUUCAAUAUACCUCACUAAACCUGAAGAUCAAAGCUCCAAAAUUGCCAAUCCUGACGAAGCUUUAAAUACAAAUAUUGAAACUCCAUGCAAACAUUUUGCGAAUAAGAAGAGAGGCUGGUUAUCACUCAAUAAGCGAAAUGCCAAAAGGCUAAAGCUCAAGAAUGUGACACCCCUGCUCACUAAACCUGAAGAUCAAAGCUCCAAAAUUGCGAAUCCUGAUGAAGCUUUAAAUACAAAUAUUGAAACUCCAUGCAAACAUUUCACGAAUAAGAAGAGAAGUCGGUUACGACUCAAUAAGCGGAAUUCCAAAAGGCUAAAGCUCGAGAAUGUGACACCCCUGCUCGCUAAACCUGAAGAUCAAAGCUCCAAAAUUGCGAAUCCUGACGAAGCUUUAAAUACAAAUAUUGAAACUCCAUGCAAACAUUUCACGAAUAAGAAGAGAAGUCGGUUACGACUCAAUAAGCGGAAUUCCAAAAGGCUAAAGCUCGAGAAUGUGACACCCCUGCUCGCUAAACCUGAAGAUCAAAGCUCCAAAAUUGCGAAUCCUGACGAAGCUUUAAAUACAAAUAUUGAAACUCCAUGCAAACAUUUUACGAAUAAGAAGAGAAGCCGGUUCCGAUGCAAUAAGCGAAAUGCCAAAAGGCUAAGGGCCUGUUUGGUUCCGAUUUUUUGGGUGCGGCGCUUGGGGUGCGGCGCGGCCUUCUGCCGCGAAAUUUCUGCCGCGACACUGUUUGGAAGACGGUUUCGCGGAAACGUACCGCGAAGCUUGGGAGAAAGCGGGCCGCGGGAUAAAUUGCGCUGCCCCGCUGCGCUGCCCCGCUUUAUUGAGCGGCUUUUACCUCGUCGCCCCUCACUCCUGGCGAUUGAUCCUCUACUAUCCCAGAACUCCCAUGGUGUCGACGUUCGCCCAUAUUUUGCGAAGCAGGGAGGUCUCUCCCUUCUAUGCUCUUCUCAUCUCCAUUCCAUCUCCCACGGCUCUCUCUUCCAUGAGAAGAGCUGA